AUGACAAACAAAAAUUGUUUAGAAGCCUUAGAUCGAUCAUUACAAGACAUUUGUAGCAACAUUGCUCUAUUUGGUGGAAACGUUCUGAUCAUGGGGGGAGAUUUUCGUCAAGUUCUUCCUGUUGUAAGAAAAGGUACUAGGUCAAAAAUGAUUUCAGCAUGUAUUGUUCAGUCUCAUUUAUGGGAUCAUACCAAGAUUUUGCGUUUGUGUCAAAAUAUGAGAUCAUUGCAUGAUCAAGAGUUUGUAGAAUUUCGUAUUCGCAUUAGUGAUGGUGUUGAACCUACCAAACCAGAUGACAUGGAUGCCCCAUAUAUGGUACAAAGAGCUAUUUUGACAACAACAAAUGAUAAUGUCCAAAAAUUGAAUGAUAUGAUUAUCGACCAGUUUCCAGGAGAAGAACAUAAUUUGUUGUCGUUUGAUGAGGUUGAAGGGGAUAAUCAUGAUUUAUACCAGCAAGAAUUCUUAAACUCAAUUGCACAAGGAAAUAACGCAGGAAAACGAGUUUUUUUGCCCAUAAUUAAAAUAAAAACAUCUGCAAGUGAUGGAUUAUCUUUUGUCCUUAGUAGAAAGCAGUUUCCUGUGCGACUAAGUUUUGCAAUUACAAUAAAUAAAUCACAAGGACAAACCAUUCCAAAUGUUGGAAUAUAUUUUCCACGAUAUGUUUUUAGUAAUAGACAGUUAUAUGUCAAACUAGAACACAUUGAAAUCUUCCAAUUAUGUAAGGAGUUGGGACGAAAGAAUGUUGAAACUUGCUUCGACAUAAAAAUAGGAGCCUUUGAAGAUAAAUGGAACAUAUGA